UCAGAUGAAUUGAGUCGGCAUUUAGUUGCCUUUAAUUUAACGAAGCAAACGGUUCGAAAUGAGUGAUCAAACAUUUAUCCGAUCGCUUUUACUCGCAUUUUGUAUCUGCGGAAUUGAAGCAAUUACAUUACCCAGGCUGCCGGAAAAUUUGCAGGAUUUUAAAUGUCAGGAGGACGAUGUUGGAUUUAAGUUCAACUUAACAGAUUUAGCCGGCACCUGGUAUGAGGCUCUCCGAGUGCCCAGUGUCCCGGGAAUGGAGUGCCUGAAUGUCUCGAUUCCCUCGACAGUCAAUGCCAAUAAUCUUACGCUGGAUUUGAGCUACGUCACCAUACUCAAUAACAGUUGGUCCCUCAGCAGGGAAGCCGUGAGCUUUCCUUGGAACAACUCCACCCAGUACGGCAUCUUUCAUCCCGAUGCUAGUGAGGUGUCUUACAAGCUGGUGACCACCGACUACGUUUCCAUAGCCGUUGUCUGUGGUUACGGGACCACCUCUGUGAUACCCAUCUUCAAGCUCUUAACUCGAGACCGCGAGGUCAGCGAGGAGAUCUUCGAGCUGAUCAACACGCAGGCCGAGAAUAUUGGUUAUAGCUCCCUGAUCUAUUGGGAGAAGCAAUCCGUGGAGGAGUGCAGGGAACCCAGUGGCCAGGCACCUUUGGCAGCCCUAGUGGGUUUGAUUCUACUUUGUGGCUUAUCCACUUGGGCAAGCAACUACAACUAAAAGGAAAAUAGCCUUACCAAACUUUUAGCCAUCAUCGUCCAUCAUCAUACAUAUCAUCCACACAAAAUACAUAUACCUAUAAGUAAAUACUUGUAUAAUAUACAACUACCGUAGUUACAAUAGAGUUCCAAGAAAACAGGAUAUCAGCCUAUAUAAGUGCACGUGAAACAGUAGAUAAGCUGUAAGUCUUAUCGGUGAUAUUACAGUGAG